AUGGUCCCUGGAACAAGCCAGAUAUACGAAGGGCUGUUGAGAUGUGUAUCUGUACCAUCGACACCAAGCGAUUGGAACAUCACAUUUUGGCUUUCCCCAUGGGGCAGAAGAGCAGAGCCAGGACGAGAGAAGGGCGAGAGAAGGAAGAAGAAGAAACGAAACGAAUCCCUCCGCCUUUCGUCCGGCGUGUUUCUUCGUUUCUUUUUCCUUCAAACGGGCCUUGUAUUACUUACUUACGAUGGCCUGUCUGCCCUGUAUGACGAUAAUUAUGACUCAAGGACGAAGGACGAAGGAGAAAAAGAGAGAGAGAAAAAGCCAGAGGCAGGGGUCAAGGGUUCGGCUGUUUUCCUUUUUCUUUUCUUUCUCCCUUUCCACCCUCCCCUUGUCCUGUCUGUGAAUAACCGCCAUGCGAGGCCGUCCAGGAUGAGAGAGAUGGAUGCCCAAUGA